UUAAACUAAAUAAUUUACACAUGUUAAUUUAUUUUGAUCACUAUGUUUUCUAAGGGUUUAAAAAAUAGUAAUUUGAGCUUACAAAAUUGUAUUUAGCAGGCAAACGUACAAUAAGAAAGCGUAAAGGAUUGACCAGCGUAUAUCGAUAAUUUAACUCAAUUUUACCUAAAAUAGAUUUUUUACAUAAAUCUGGUGUAUACAUUCUAUAUAACCAAAAUAUGGCAGGAGAUCAAAAACAAAGUACUGAAGCAAAAGCAAAACCAAUAUUUCGUGAUUUGUCGGCUGAAGAUCCGGAGCCAGAAACAACAGAGAUAGAGAGUCUCUGUAUGAAUUGCGAAAAAAAUGGUGUUACUAGAUUACUCUUGACAAAGAUUCCGCAUUACAAAGAUAUUGUGGUAAUGUCCUUUGAUUGCGAACAUUGUGGCUUUCAAAAUAAUGAGAUACAAAAUAGUGGAAAAAUUGCAGAUAAGGGAAUUAGGAUAACGCUGCAAGUUAAAACUCUUAGAGAUCUGAAUCGUCAAAUAGUUAAAUCAGACUACACUAGUGUAAAAAUUCCAUCCUUGGACUUUGAGAUUCCAUCUAGAUCACAAAAAGGAGAGAUUACGACAAUUGAGGGAAUAAUAGAAAGAACUAUUGUGGGGUUGGAGCAAGAUCAAUCUGGAAGGAGACAAAAAUGUCCAGAUGCUGCGUCCCAAAUUGACCACUUUCUUGAAAAGAUAAGGAAGCUUAAAUCUUUAGAGAAGCCCUUUACUAUAAUAUUUGAAGAUAUAUCAGGCGAAUGUCAUGUAGAGAAUCCAAAACCCAUGUUAAAAGAUGAAGGAUGUACUACAGUGCAGUUUAAAAGAACAAGGGAGCAAGAUCAUAUUUUAGGAAUCUACUCAGAAAAUGACACAGAUGAUACUUUGUUAAAACCUAUACAAGAAGGAGAAUAUCCUUUGGAACAAAUUGAAGGAGAAGUACUUUCUUUCAGAACAAAUUGUCCAGAGUGUAAUUUUCCAUGUGAAACCAACAUGAAAUUAACCAAAAUUCCACAUUUUAAGGAAGUUGUAAUUAUGGCAACGGUUUGCGAGUCUUGCGGACACAGAACGAACGAAGUCAAGAGCGGAGGAGGUAUCGAACCCACGGGAGUGAAAAUAGAAGUCACAAUUACAGGAAGAGAGGACUUUAGCCGUGACUUGUUAAAAUCCGAAACUUGUCAUAUGGAAAUACCCGAAUUGGAGUUAGAAAUCGGUCCCGCUGCCUUAGGUGGACGUUUCACUACAGUAGAAGGCAUUUUAGUAGCGAUAAAAGAGCAAUUAUCAUCAUCGACAGCUUUCAGCGGUGAUAGUAGCGAUCCAGAAACUGUUAAACGGAUGGAAGCCUUCAUAUCUCACUUAAAUGAGGUUUUGGAAGGGAAACAAAAGAUCACGCUUGUAUUAGAUGAUCCAGCAGGCAAUAGUUACAUUCAGAGCCUGUCAGACGAAGGUUUAGAUAGCGGUUUAAAAAUCAUUAAAUAUGAAAGAAGUUUCGAUCAGAACGAAGAAUUGGGGUUGAACGAUAUGAAAGUCGAAGACUAUUAAUCGUUCAUCGCAAAGAUUCACGAAAUAAGGCAAUGCCGAUAAUGUCAAUAUAAUGUAUUAUAUUUGAACGUGAAAAGAAAAUGUAUUAUAAAUGUACACUAUACUGUGUAAAUAUACAUUUUGCAAUUUUAUUGCAAAAUUUUUUAUCGAGA